UUUGCUGCUGUUCCUGAGAACCACAGUAGUCAGCUCAGCAUCGUUUACCCCUGGCUGUAGCUUUGUCGGUGGUCAGUGCAUGUACACCGUGCAGCUGGGUCACCAGGGCCAGUGUGACACGUCCUCCAGCUCAAGCACGGGCCCGGUCAGAAUCGUAGACUCCUCCUCCCCAACGUGUUGUGGAGAUGUGUCCCAGUUAAGGAACGACUUCACAGCUCUGAAGCGCCAGGUUGAAGAUAUGCGCCAGACACUCCAGGGCAACAACCAAAACCUGACGAACGCCCAGGCGGCCUUGACCCAGCUGGAAGCUGACAAACAAAACCUGGUGUUGGCUCUCCAGCAAAAGGAGGCGGAACUGAACAACACACAGAAGGAGUUAUCGCGCCUGUUGGGCCAGGCGAGUCAGGAGAUCCAAGGUCUGAGGACCGACCUGACCAACGCCACAAGGGAUUUGAAGACAUGCCAGGCAGCUCUUGGGGUCACCUCUACUGGUUCUUUCCCAGCUUCGACACCUGGGAACAUCCAAAAGACGUACUGCGGUUUUAACAACGGAACAGCUGACUGGUGUGUGUUCAGCAACCUAUCGUCUGGGGUGCGCUUCACCCUCAUGAAUAAGGGAACAAGUAGCCGUACGGGGCCGAAAGUCGAGCAUUCCACUGGAACAACCACGGAGGGUAAACAAACGUGUCACGACACGAAAGCAGAGCAGGCCGAUUACGCCCCUGCAACUGAAUGCUUUUAA